CGGGCACGAAGGGCUGCGCGUAAUCUUGCAGCUGUGGGUAGCGAUGGAGACGCCGUGAGCUCUGGGCCAGGUGGAGCACUAUUCAGCACAACUCCCCUUAGAAUCGAGUCGGGGAGUAUUGUGGGGGGCAGAGAGGUAUUAAAACACAUUUGACGAGGGAUAUUUCCCAUCUCUAUAAUGAAGAAAAGCAGGAGUGUGAUGACAGUGGCGGCUGAUGAUAAUGUGAAGGAUUAUUUCGAAGGCAGUUUGAGUAAAUCCUACAGUUCUUCCAGUAACACACUUGGGAUCGACCUCUGGAGAGGUAGGAGGUGUUGCUCAGGGAAUUUACAGUUACCACCACUAUCCCAGAGACAGACUGAGAGAGCAAGGACUCCUGAGGGAGAUGGCAUUUCCAGGCCAACCACGCUACCGCUGACCACGCUUCCAAGCAUCGCUAUUACAACUGUAAGCCAGGAGUGCUUUGACGUGGAAAAUGGCCCUUCCCCAGGUCGGAGCCCGUUGGACCCCCAAGCGAGCUCGUCUUCUGGGCUGGUGCUUCAUGCCACCUUUCCCGGCCACAGCCAGCGCAGAGAGUCCUUUCUCUACAGAUCAGACAGCGACUAUGACUUGUCCCCAAAGGCGAUGUCACGGAACUCCUCACUUCCGAGCGAACAACAUGGCGAUGACCUGAUUGUGACACCUUUUGCCCAGGUGCUGGCCAGCCUGCGGAGCGUGAGGAACAACUUCACGGUGCUGACAAACCUUCAGGGAACGGCCAGCAGGAGAUCCCCAGCUGCCAGCCAGCCUCCUGUCUCCAGAGUGAACCUACAAGAAGAAUCUUAUCAAAAACUAGCCAUGGAGACGCUGGAGGAACUGGACUGGUGUCUAGACCAGCUAGAGACCAUACAGACCUACCGCUCCGUCAGUGAGAUGGCUUCUAACAAGUUUAAAAGAAUGCUGAACCGGGAGCUGACACACCUGUCAGAGAUGAGCCGAUCAGGGAACCAGGUGUCUGAAUACAUUUCAAAUACGUUCUUAGACAAGCAGAAUGACGUGGAGAUCCCAUCCCCCACCCAGAAAGACAGAGAGAAAAAGAAAAGGCAGCAGCUCAUGACACAAAUAAGUGGCGUGAAAAAGCUGAUGCACAGUUCAAGCUUGAACAACACGAGCAUCUCCCGCUUUGGAGUCAACACAGAAAACGAAGACCACCUGGCCAAGGAGCUAGAGGAUCUGAACAAAUGGGGCCUGAACAUCUUUAAUGUGGCUGGAUACUCACACAAUAGACCCCUGACGUGCAUUAUGUACGCCAUCUUCCAGGAAAGAGACCUCUUAAAGACAUUCAAAAUCUCGUCCGACACAUUUGUAACCUAUAUGAUGACCUUAGAAGAUCAUUACCAUUCUGACGUGGCAUAUCACAACAGCCUGCAUGCUGCUGAUGUAGCCCAGUCAACCCAUGUUCUUCUUUCCACGCCAGCAUUAGAUGCCGUCUUCACAGAUUUGGAAAUCCUGGCCGCCAUUUUUGCAGCUGCGAUCCACGAUGUUGAUCAUCCUGGUGUCUCCAAUCAGUUCCUCAUCAACACGAAUUCGGAACUUGCGUUGAUGUACAACGAUGAAUCUGUCUUGGAAAACCAUCACCUUGCUGUGGGUUUCAAACUGCUGCAAGAGGAGCACUGUGACAUCUUUCAGAACCUGACCAAGAAGCAGCGUCAGACAUUAAGGAAAAUGGUGAUCGACAUGGUCUUAGCCACCGAUAUGUCCAAGCACAUGAGCCUGUUGGCAGACUUGAAGACAAUGGUAGAAACAAAGAAAGUCACAAGUUCAGGCGUUCUCCUCCUGGAUAACUAUACUGACCGGAUACAGGUCCUUCGCAACAUGGUACACUGUGCAGAUCUGAGCAACCCCACCAAGUCCCUGGAAUUGUAUCGACAAUGGACAGACCGCAUCAUGGAGGAGUUUUUCCAGCAGGGAGACAAAGAGCGAGAGAGGGGGAUGGAGAUAAGCCCAAUGUGUGAUAAGCACACCGCUUCUGUGGAAAAAUCCCAGGUCGGCUUCAUUGACUACAUCGUCCACCCACUGUGGGAGACCUGGGCAGACCUGGUGCAGCCUGAUGCCCAGGACAUCCUGGAUACAUUAGAAGAUAAUAGGAACUGGUAUCAGAGCAUGAUACCCCAGAGUCCCUCCCCACCGCUGGACGAGCAGAACAGAGACUGUCAGGGUCUGAUGGAAAAGUUUCAGUUUGAACUGACCCUCGAAGAAGAGGACUCUGAAGGGCACGAAAAGGAGGGAGAGGGCCGCCACUAUUUCAGUAGCACAAAGACGCUUUGUGUGAUCAAUCCGGAAAAUAGGGAUUCGCUGGGGGAGACUGAAGUGGACAUUGCAACAGAAGACAAGUCUCCGGUUGACACAUAAUCUCCCUGUGUGUGUGUGCGGGGAUGAACAUUCCACCUUUAACAAACAUGCCAGCUGUAUGGUAGGGUCAGCCCACCGUGCGGGCCAUGACCGGCGCUGGACAAGGGCCACCAGGCCUUUCCAGUUACUUGAGUUCGGAGUCAGUGAAAGGCUCUGACGUAAUUAGCAGCUCAGGAUAUUCCAUGGUUGACUUGCCUUGUUUGCAAGCUCGGUGGAGACCUGGCGCUGUAUGUGGUACUGGGUGUCAGUUCUGGUCGAGAUUGAAUGGCUUGAAGGUGGAAGGCACACAACUGAGAGAUGUCUCUGCACUAAGCAAGGGGAAUCUGUCCCCUCCAGUGACUGAACUGACUGAUAACAUCAUUUAUAAAUCUGCUCACCUGCCCCUUUGUCUGCCAACCUGUGUGCCUUUUUUGUAAAACAUUUUCAUGUCUCUAAAAUGCCUGUUGAAUGCCUAGGGUUCAGUACCCCCUCCUCUAGAGAAUAAGCAUCUCAACGUUGACAAAAGCGCUUUUGAUUCUUUUUUGGGGGGGAGGGGGUGAAGAAGACAGCCUUCCUUCUUUCUCAGGCAAUGUCUCUCACUUUACUACAGUUCCUUUUACAAGUAACAUCUAACCACUUCUUACCGCUUUCUACUUCCUUUCCCUGUUGUCCAAUCCAGCUCCACAGCUGCCCAGGCCCCUGAUCUCUGCCUGCCUGCUGGGACAUUAUUGUUCCCCCUCUGGAGUUAAACACUAUUUUUGCUGUCGAGAGAACAAAAUUGAACAAGCUGGGGGGGUAAGGAAGGAUAGUUGUGUCAUUCACAAUAGCAGUGUGUAAAACUCCGCUUAGCCGUCAGUGUCCACCGGGUUGUGUCUUCAGCCCUCCUGGCCUCUGGACACGCUGCACGCGCCCCUGUCCUGGUCUUUUCCACUUCUCUCCACCACGUAGCCAGUUACACCAUUUCUAAGGAAUGCUGCCGUCUUUUUCCUUGCACUGCCGUCUGCUCAAACGCCUCCAUUCCUGUUUAUAACAGUGUAUUUAUUACUUAAUGUAUAUAAUGUAAUGUUUUCUAAGUUAUUAAUUUAUAUAUAUCCUAACAUUGCCUGUCGAUGGUGGUGUUACAUUUGUGUAAAGAAAACUCUGCGUAAGAGUUGUAACUUUUUUCUUGUGUAACAUUUUGUAUUGUGUAUGAUAUAACCUGAACAUCACUAAUGGAAGACAUACCGGCCCCUUACCAGUGAGGACAUUGGGGAGCUUUGAUUCAAAGACUCUGCCCUUCUGUCUGUCUGAGUUAUUAAUCCUGUGCAACCCCCUUGGGACACGGCUUUGGAAACAGGAUUCACACAACAUUAGAUGCUAAAUGGUUUGUACUAAGCUUGUACUUUUGUAUCGUUUGAUAGGGAUGGGGACAGUGGGAUGUGGUUUCCGAUCACGUUCAUCCAAAUCUGUAGACACAUGAGCUGCGUUAUCACAGGGUUUACUGUAAUUGUGGUUUCAGCUUAGAAAGAACACUACAUUGGCUCAAAGAUGGUUCCCUCAGAGGGUUCACAAACUACUGAGUUUGAAGCGAAAGCCUCCCGUCUCACCCGUCAGCAGGAGCGACAUGCUCCCAUUAAUUACAAAAGAAAAGAAUCAAACAAUGUGAAUUUUUUUUCAGUAAAAUGUGAACUGAUGUAGUAAAUUAUGCAAAUGUGAAGCUUCUUCUGAUAACACUUGUUAGGCCUCUUACUGGUGUCAGUCUGUUUGUAAAAUAUGGUUCAUGCUUUCGGUCCGGCAUUGUGACUCACUGGUUACAGAAAACGGCACAAACGUGCAUGACCAAUGAGUGGGCUUGUAUGUCUACUGAGCACUGUGUCGUUUCGGGUGGACAUUGCAUUGUCUCCAAGAGUUUCUCACGAUGUAUGUUAUAGUAUUAUUAUAUAUUGUGCUCCAAUGCAUUCUUAAGAGACUUUUAUAUGAGGUGAAUAAACAAAAGCAUGAUCAGCAUAGA